CUUUCGGUCUGCGUUUCUCUGAAAACAACACGAAAGUGAAAGUAGAAUUGGAAUGCGUGCUUUUUACAUGCUUUUUAACAGCUGACGAAGACAGUUAGACUUCUAAAUUUCAACAAGUGAGCUACUACAUUGAGUUCUGAGGAAAAACACAGGACAUGUCAGGGGAUGAUGGAGGUAAAUCUGAUCUUCAGGAGAAUGAUGUUUGUUUGGACAAGGCCAGCAAUGAAGACGGCGAGAUAGCGAAAGGAUCAGAUUUUGUAGAGGAAUCAUGCCGAAAUGAAUGUGAAGAAAAAAAAGAAAAGAGACAGGCACAAACACCUGUAAAGAAAACAGUGUGGGUGCUGGUGUUCUUUUUGGAGGAAAAUAAACACAGUCCCCCAAUCCUUUUGAAAAAGGUACAGGACAAGCUGGGUCGUACUGGAAUGGAAGCUGAUCUUAAGAAACAUGAUUUCUGUAUGGCCCGAUAUGAGGUGGGAGGCGAGAUGCAUGAAGCCUUUAUAGUCAGUCAAUCAGAUUAUAAAGCGGAACUUGAUAAGAAGUAUGAAAAGAUGGUGGAGAUGAUGAAACAAGUCCAGGAAGAGAGUAACGGCAAUUUAUGGCAUUACACCAAGGUGAUAGGUGGGGGUGUGGUGGCUGGUGGCCUUGCGGUAGCAGCGGCACCUCUUGUCUUAUCUGUGGCAGGUUUUACCGCUGGUGGUAUUGGGGUGGGAUCAAUUGCCGCACAGUGGAUGUCUUGGGCAGCCAUUGCUAAUGGCGGUGGUGUGGCUGCUGGGGGGUUAUUCAGUGCUUUACAAUCAGCAGGGAUGGCUGGGAUAUCCACUGCUACAAACCUUCUGAUUGGUACUGCAGCAGGAACGGCAGGCGGUGCCCUAACCAAGAAACUCAGUGACAGUGAGAAACCAGGAUCAUCAGAAGAAGCUGAGAACAAGUGCAAGAUCUGCUUGGACAGUAAAAUGGACACUAGGCUUGAUCCCUGUGGUCACCUAUUUACCUGUGGAUCUUGUUCAAGCAUGCUACGAGUGUGUCCCAUUUGUAGAAAACCUAUUCAGAAGUGACGCAAACAAGUCACAGGAAAGAAAGAACACAACUGUUAUCACUGUAAUGUUUGUACUGUUGUGUUUGUUUUUGUAUACCAAUUUAUUUGUUUACAUAAUUUAUUUGAUUUCUGUAUGAUUUUUGUCUUUCUGGUCUUCUCAAUUGUUAGCAAGUUACUUUUCUUCUUGCUUUAAUUUGAUUUGAAAAUAUAAUUAUUGUCCCAACUUCAUCAUAGAUGUACUUGAUCAGUAGCUCAUGAAAAUAUAUGUCCAUCCAUAUAUUGAUAUAGACAAUUGUAUAUUUUCAUCCAUGGAGCAUUUUCUCCCCUAUUUCUCAAGAAAUACCAUAUCGUUCAUAACAGUGCAUGCAAAACCAAAAUCUUGAUGAAACAGCAAAUUAACAAAAUAUAAAUAUAUGCAUAUGCCUCAAACAUUUUGAUACCUAACUAAUCAGUGUUCAGUGCAUUUAAUGAAAGCUGUUUUACUUAGUGAAUAUUUUAUAAUUAACUUGAUAUUGAUACUUUUGUUGACAAUGUUCGGAGAAUUUACAUGGAUAUCAUUAGUGUACAAUAUUUUAAAUCGAAUUUUGAUUUAAUUUGUGGGGAAAAGUUGAAUCAGAUGUUUCUGUUAACAGCUGUUUUUUAAUGAAAUUAAAUACUUUUGAAAAACUGUUUUAAA